AUGUUCAAUAAAUCUUUGCUGGCGACACUACGACUGCAUAGUUCUCCGAUCACAUGUAUUGAGAAUUUCUAUAUUCCAUCAUCACUUACGUAUAUAAAUGAGGAUGAUUCAAAAUCAAUAAUUUUCAAUCCAACUGUGAUAACUGCUGACGAAUCCGGAUUGAUCGUUUGGUGGAACCUCAUCACAUGUAGGCCGUUUGGUGUAUGGAAAGCCCAUAAUGAUUCUGUUUUGACGGUAAAACAGUUAGGUAUUAAGUGGACCCAGAACAGUGAAGAGAGUGACUUUACGUCACCAAUCACAUAUGAUUCAUACGGCCAAUUAUUAACACAUUCAAAGGAUGGGAGUGUAAAGAUUUGGAAGUUGCUUGAUGUUACGUCAAAGGAAAACUUGGAAUUUACAUAUACCGGUUUACUGAAGAAAAAGGUAACGACAGAGGACGAAAUGAAGUCCGUCACACCACCCAAGCUAUUUGAAAUGCCUGUUAAUACCCUGAAUUUUGCUAAUAUUGACAUAAACAUAGAGAACUUUCUCAUCACUCCUUCGACUAUAGACUCUGAUGGAUUUGAUAUCUAUCAGAUAGAUUUGAACAUGAGAAGAGAACAUGAAAAAUUGAAAAGAGUAGUACAUGACUAUAAAUUAAGCACGCCAGAUAGUGAAGUUAAAAUUACGGAAAUAGAAGAUGAUCAAAUAUCACCAAUGGACUUCACUAGAAGAUGCGGACUUGGUGUUAUUAUGAAAAUCAAAUGGCUUGACACUAACACUUUUAUAAUUGGUUAUGAAAGUGGACAAAUUGUUGUUUAUGAAUUUGCCAAAGAUGAAGGUGACUUUAAAGUUAAGAACAUUUUUAGUGAUGCAUCUUUGAUAGGAAACGCUAUAACUGCUUUAACAUUCGAUGCGAUGAACAAAAAAAUACUAUUUGGCUCGACUGGCAGUGAAGUUGCUAUCAUGAACCUUGAUGACCAUCAAGUCAAAACAUUUUGUACUAAACAUAAAGGCAUCAAUGAUAUUGAUACUGAUUCCUCAAAAAAUACUGUCUCUUUGAUCACUUGGGAUGGAUACACGAGAAUAUACAACUAUGAUGAAAAUGAUGUUUUGAAAUUUGUUAUGAAAAUGCGUCGACAGGUCCCAACAAUUUCAACCUCACAAGAAGCUGUAGACGAACAAAACAAUGGAAUAGUCGAGUCUAGCAAUAUGCAACGUCAACGUGCUAAUGUUCUCAAAUUCACUGAAAAGCAGCUAGACCCUAGUACGAACAAAAAUAUUGAAGUAGAAUAUUCCAAUGGCAGGAGUAAAAAUAUUAUUAGAAGGAAUAGGGAAAAGAUUUUUUCUAGCAGAUAUCUGUUUGUCGGGUAUCAAGAUGGUAAAGUUGCCGUUUACACUAUACAAUGA